AUGGACGCCAAGCUAUAUGUGGGCGCGAGGGAGAAGCCCAAAGACGACGGAUUGGCUGCCACAGACAACGUAAGCGCGGGUGGCAAGCCCAAGGAAUGGCUCCUAUUCAAAAUAGAGAGAGGCCACAUGCACCUACGUACCAGCGACGGUAUGACGGUCUUCAUGUUCAUGGCCAUCAUGUUCCUGCUCUACACGGCAGCAUUGUCAGCCGGUUCAAAGCCCAAUAUGGCGAGGAAGCUCAAGCUGGACCCUGCUUUCGACGUCAACGCAUAUGUCCACCGAGUCAACACAACUAUUGGCGUGCUUGUCAAGGAGCUGCAGCAGGUGCAGGCGGUAUUGGCGGAUAUGCAGAAGAAGCAUGGCAAGGUGGCGGCGGUGUAG